UAGUGACGGCAGCUUUUUGCAGUGGUGGAGAAGAACGUGUACGUCAUUUUCACAAUGGCGGAGGCUGGGUGAGAAGGAGUGUGUGUGUGAAGCGGCGCCGUAAUCGUUAGAACUACAUUGCCCGUAUCACGAGCACGGUGCCCGAAAAUGGCCCUGAACCCCAGCGCAGUGGGGAAAAGGAGCUCAGAAUGUACCGAGACGGACGAUCUCCAGCUGGAGGGUGGCGAACCCCCGAAGAAUUCAGCCGCCACCUCGGCCACAGCCAACCAAAAUGGCGAUCAGCCUGGAUGUGGAGACAGUGUAAUGCCCGAACAAGAAGCCACUGAGCGGCGAAGGAGCGUGCAGACGGACGCCCGGAGCUUUAGCAGUUCUCCCUUGCCAGGCCAGAGACCGAAUUUUCAAAUCCCAAGGAAGAUAAGAGAACGGAAAGGUUUGUACCAGUUUCUGCUCCCUGAGAGCCGGGAGUUCGAGGACCUUGUGAAGAUCAUCUCCUCAUGUUACUUGGACGCAUCAUCACGAGGAACCUUCUCCUACUGCAAGGCUAGGCUUAUACACAAUGAACUGCUGGAAAAGGAGUUUAUUGAGAAGCGGAGAGAGAUGAAGCAGGAGGGCCGAACCGAACAAGAACUGACUGAGUCGUUCUGCUUCCUUUAUCCGGACAAAUCCAAGCUCCAGUGGAUCUGCGAGAAGGGUCUGUCAGUUGGACACUCAAGAAUUACGACACUAGGAAAUCCAUCAGUGGGUGUUUAUCUCUCCAAAUAUUCUGAUUUGUUACAAAUCAAUCCCUUUGAAGUGGGCUCGUAUGGAGACAUCAUCAUUUUUAAAGUUAUGAGGGGCCGAACAAAGCACAUCCACGAGAACAUGCCUAAGAAUGCUAUAGAACCUUCACCCAAGUUUGAUGGUCAUUUGUCCAAAAGUGCCAAUAGGGUUACGUCUUUGCUGUCUUACAGGGCAUUUGAGCUCACACAGCAAUAUUUUUUCGAGUUUGCAUUUGAUGAGAUCAAGGCACGGCCGAGGCACGUGUGCCCCUACGCUGUGGUUUCCUUUCAGUACAAAGGAAAGGAGGCUGCAGCAGCUCCCAUGACUGCACACAGGUUUAAUACAAUUCCCUCUGAAGGAAGUAGAGGGAAGAGCUGCUACACUGUGUGGAGUGGUCCGCUAGUGAACAAGGGCCAGGAGUUAUUUCCAGUGUGUUUACGGUCCCCCUCACGCCCCUACCUUCCUUUCAAACUGCCUGAGAAGCUGGAGAUGAAUCGGGGCAUGCAACUGGAGCAGGUGAAGCGAAAGAUUCCCUCUGUGCUCUUUUCUUGGGACACCUACAGCGUAUCACGGGAAGUGAUGAAGUGUGGGAUGUCCUGCAGCCUCUUUGAGGUGGUGGAUGGAAAAGGCAAACCAACCAGCGGCAGCUUGGCAGCGCUGGUCAACAAACUGGAGAGGGACAGGAUGGUGCUUGUGAAGUCCUUGUUUGACCGGGGGUUUCUCUUUCUGCUGUCCUCAGCUCAGAUGGUUGAGUCCAAAGAGCGACGGGGGCGGGUGGAGAAGAACCUACAAGCAUUAUUCAUCUUUCAGGAGUCAAGGAUGGUUGUCAAGUAUUCAUCGAGACUGUUUGAGCCGGAGCCUCUGACAGUGGAGGCCCAACCUGCUACCCUGUCCUCCGUGGAGUCCUUCAUCCCUGCUUUGCACUACGCCUUGUUCAAGUUACGUCCCAACCCAGGCAAGGACCUAAGCUCUGGGGUGGAGCGUCAGGCCACUGAUUACCUAACUCGUAUGGAUUCAGGCACGGUGCGGCCAUUCAUUCUGCCUGAAUAUAAAUAUAACGUGGACGAUAGGACCAACCCUCUCCCAGUGCCCAGACCCAAAUUCAACAUGGAAUCAAUGCUGCGUGCUUAUGUCCACAACCCUGCCAACUACAUUUUACCUCUUAACAAGGCGAAGGACCUUAUUGAAAAAAUACGGAACCCUGUACCCAUACCCACACCUGCACCGGCCCCAGUGGAAUACAGCCCCGUUUCUGACUGGGGUGGCUCAGACAGGGGCUCAGACAGGGCAGAGAGACCGCCAGAAAGGUUGUCCCAAGAGAGACCAGCACAGGAGAGGCCAGCACAGGAGAAGCCACCCCCAGACAGCAGCAGACGGAGACCAGGUUUGACCCAUUCUAAUGGGGCACAGGUGCAGCACAAGUCCCACACCGAGUCCCAGCCUCAGCCCGCUCAGAGGUUGCGGCUGUCCCAGAAUGAAUAUGAUAAAGACAAGAUGAAACAGUUGCUUAAGCUCAUCCAGCUUCAUAAGAAAGCAUUAGUGAAGGAUUCUGGGAAGGAAAAGGGAGAGGACGGUACUUGGGAUGCCAACAGCCUGAAGAGAAAGUUUGAGGAAGAUGAGAGAGAGACUGUGAACAAGCACCAACGCACAGAUUCACUUAGCAACGGGGAACCCAGUAGAGGAGCCCAAACUGAUGAGACAGGAGAUGAGGGUGGACAGAGGGACAAUUUGACAGCAGUGAUGGAAAGCAUGGGCAUCUAUGACACUGACCUGAGGGCUCGGGGCAACACCAACGCAUCAGCAGUCAACGAAACCCAACGCCUUCUCAAAAUCCUCUUGGCUACUCUCAACAAAGCCAUGGCUCGGGGUUCAGUGUCUGUGCAGUCAAACCACGGUGAACCAUCAAUGGCUUCAGGAAGGGUGGAGCCUGACCCAGAUCAUAGGAAACAAAAUGAGCCAGCUUCACAAACAAACUACACAGAGGAGGACAUGGACUGUAGUCCUGGUAGUCCCCUCAGCUCAGGCUCCCCACCAGAGCAAGCUCACACCUCGGAUGACCCAACCUGGGUUAACCCUGCCAAUGAAGACAAAGCACAGCCUUUUCCUGAGCCAAAGCCCGACCCCGAGCCCGAACCUGAGCCUGAGCCUGAGCCCGAGCCAGAGCCUGAGCUGGUGCCAGUGCCAGAGGCCGUGACAGUGCCAGACAGCCUGCCAGAGCCGAAGACACCUGCAAGUGUGGAAAUAAAAAAAGUGGCUGCACCACCUACGUUACCAGUCAUAGAAGAAGUUCCCUUCAGGCCAUCCAUCAGCCUGGACACCAUACUCAACCAGGAAAUCCACAGUCUUACUUCUGACAUUAAAAACAUCAUGCAGACUCACCGUAUUUCCUAUACGUCGCGGCUGCCCCCACGGUUGCCCCCACGCCACUGCUGGCUGCCAAACAGUUGUUUCUCAGACUUUGUUGUACCCUAUGUUUCUCCUGUCCCCAUUCAGGGGCAUGUCAAAGCACUGUGUGAGAAGAUGGACAAGUUGAUCCCAUCCCCACCUGCUCCCUCCAAGGUCACUUCACCACCUCCCCCAGUAACAACAUCUAAUCUUACAACACCACCACCCACCCCCAUUCAGGCUUCCAAAGCUAAAGCGGAGUCCUCCCUGUCAAAGGGCACCACUUCCUCUCAGAGUGGUAAAACAGUUGCUGUCAAAGAAUCUAUCAAGGCUAAAACGGAAGCCCAGUCAACAGAGUUAGUGGGUGAUAUCUAUUCUCCCUCUCAAGUCACUCCAAGCUCUCCAGAGUCCAACUCCCAAAACCCAGGCCAAACUUCUGGGAGUGGGUCUGGCCUGCUGGCUGGCAGCCUCAUUGGUCAGCUAAAGCCUGAAGUAUUCAGCAGCCUGGUAGAGAUCUUUAAGGAUGUCACCAAGAACACAGUUAAAUUCUACAUCUAUUCAGGGGACGAGGGGGAGGAGAGCACUGUCUGCAAGGAGAUCAAGGAGUACUUGAAAAGUCUUGGUAACAGCGAGUGCAGCCCGCAGACAUUUUUAGAAAACAGCAGCAGUUUAGAUAAACUACUCAUCAUCAUUCGGAACGAGGACAUCGCCGCACAUGUGCACAAGAUCCCAGCUCUGGUGUCUUUGAAGAAGUUGCCUUCAGUGAGCUUUGCUGGAGUCGACAGUCUGGACGAUGUCAAGAACCACACAUAUAAUGAGCUGUUUGUGUCCGGAGGUUUCAUAGUGUCUGAUGAGUUUGUCCUCAACCCUGACCUUAUCACACAGGAUCGUUUGCAGGGGCUGCUUAAGUUCUUGGAGGAACAAAGCACCCCUGAACACCCCUGGCAGUGGAAGGUGCACUGCAAGUCCCAGAAGAAGCUUAAAGAACUGGGGAGGUUAAACACAAACGCCAUGGGGCUGUUGAACCUUCUUACAGCCUAUCAGAAGAAACACCUAGUGGAGUUCCUGCCUUAUCACGAGUGUGACACCCAGUCGCGUCAGGCUCCGGACCUGGACUGCUUGAUUAAGCUCCAAGCUCAGCACACACAGCAGCGGCACCUUAUCUUCCUCACAGAGAGGCCCUUUGAGAUGUUCCUACAGUACUCCAGAAAUGGAAUAGUGAUAGGGAGCAUUGAUGACGUUAUGAGCGGUUUCCACAGUCUGAUUGGUUCCAUCAGUCAGAAUGAGCUUCCCACGCCUCCCUCUACUGUAGUGAAUGAUGAGUGUGUGGAAGAGGAGGACAUGUCAUUAGACUCUGAUGAUGGUGAGCCACCCACCAUAUCAGAGCCCUCAGAACAGAAGCCGGAAGUUGAGGAGAGGAAGCCUCCACAACCGCCUCCACCAGAUACAGAGGAGUUUCGUCCUCCACUUCCAGAUCAGCAGGUCACUCCAGAAAGAACCCCAAGGCUGUCUGACUACAGUGCUCUCAAAACAGCCAUCUCUCAGUUCAAAGCUACCAACCAGAUGGGUAUAGGCUCUUCAGACAUUGGCAGCUUGUCGCCUGGAGGUUUUCCUGUGAAUCCUCACCAAAGCUUCCUGUGUCCUUCAGCCUCGUGGUCAUCCUACACUGGCUCUUCUAGUUAUGCAGCCUCCCCAGCCUAUCCUGCCUCACCUUGCAGCAGCACCCAUGAACCAGAAUACCGCCCCCCAGCCACAGCCCCUGUUGCAGUUCCCACCCCUCCUAUCUUGCCCACACCAGGACCUCUUGCCAACCUGGCAUCGCUCCCCUUGGAGGUCAAACCUCCACCUCCACCUCAUCUCAUGAUGCUGGGUCAUACAUAUGGCUCAGACACUGGAGGAGCUGGGGCUGCUGGGAAUUCUCCACACACCACCUCUCUCCCGUACACAGACCACAAUGACUCAGCCCAGCCAGGUUACCUGGCUGGCAUUCCUAAAAAUUCUAGUGGGGCCCCCAUACAAGACAGGACGCUCAGUGGACCUGGAGAUGGUGUAUGGGGGACACGGACCACUACUUGUGAGACUGCUAGCAGCCAAGUUGUGGUCACAUCUGGCCCAGUGGACCCAAGUGGGCUCCCUAAGACUGGGGAAACCCUCGGAGGCAGCACCCCAGGUUGUCAGGGGGGCAGGACUCAGGUGAAUUGCACUGACCUUGGAGCUACUGUUGGUAUUCCUGCAGUGGCCACCAGGGGGGGCUCAGUAGUCAGACCUAAGCUAUCUCCACAUCCAGUGAGUGGUGCAGGCUAUGGUAGUAUAGCUGGCAUCCCUGGACAGAUGGAUCAUGGGCCUAUGCGGGGUGUUACAGGUCCUGGUUCUGCAGGGAGUUAUCGAGGGAGAGGAGUCCCAACAAUAGGACUAUGGCCUCGGCCAGGACGAGGACAUGAUCGGGGGGGUGGGACUGGAGGUGGACCCUGCUCUUGGGGUUACCCAGCAAGCAGGGGUGGGGCACAGAAUUACUACUCGGACUACUCAUACACUCACAGUUAUGCCCCAGAAUAGACAAUCAUUCGAGAUCGGAGGGGCAACGUGACGGCAUACACAAGAGAGUAUUAGAACUGGCUGAAUGUAUAUAUUUCCUUGUGAAACACAUUGACAUAAAUCAGUAAAUAAGGAACCUGGUUUUCUACAUUAAUAAAAGUUGAUACAGGCAGUGCCGAGUGUCCUACUGUCGUGUAAACCGUAUGUACACUCUUUCCAUGUGAGCUAUUUGAGACCCUGUUCAAACCACUAUAUUUAUAUUUGCCAACAAAUGUUAUGGCCUUCCAACUACCCGGAAUUUAUCAUGUUAGUUCUGUUUGUCCGAAUCUGAAACGGUUUGUGAACAAGGGGAAAGGCUGAUAUUUUUUUAAGGAAAAAAAAAAAAGCAAAAAAACUAGUGAAUGAAAUUUCACUUUUGCUGUUGGUUUUCUUUUUUAUUUUACAUAUUUGGUUGUCCUAAAUUCUAUUAAAAUGAAACAUUUCAAAUCUUGUUUGUGUGAUCAGUUUGGUGACAGUGUCAUACAAACUAUUAAAAAUAUAAAUUACA